AAAAGAGCUCGGGCUUCGGGAAAAAGGUAUUACAACCUGAGUUUCCACGAAGGCAGAACUACAAAACAGAACAAAAAAUGCGUUCCUUCAUUCUGAUUGCCUUUUUGGCUCUGCUUGCUGUGGCUGCCGCUCAAGGACCUCAAGGUGGACCACAAGCUGGCCAGGAUGGACCUCAGAACGGUGAGCAGGGCGGUCAGCAAGGAUCCCAGCAAAGUGGUUCCCAGGAAGGACAACUGGGUGGUCCUCAAAAUAGAGAGCAGGGUGGACCAUGGCACUUGCCUUCAAACGGAACACUCCUCUCCAACAGCACCACAUCCACAGCCACUGAGGCCAGCACCACUGACGCCAGCACCACCGAGGCCAGCACUGAGGUUUCCUCAACCUAGGAUGUAGCUAUAUCCCUAUUUAAAAACUGUUUUAGUUUGCUUCCUUGAUAUUAUUACACAUUUUUUGUGUCCACUGGUAUAAAUAAAACAAUCUUUU